CACAUUAAAGGGGAGUAACUCCAUUCUGACUGACGUUGUAACAUUCCUGGUAGCUAUGACUGUGUCCGUCACACACGUCAUAUUUGAUGUUGAUGGAUUACUAUUGGACUCAGAACAACUGUAUACUGUCAUCAAUGAAAAGAUUGCGGAGGAAUAUGGCAGGGAGGUAACAUUACAGGUCAAACGAAAAAUAAUGGGCAAGAAAGAAACGGAAGUCGCGCAAAUUCUAAUAGACGAACUGCAGCUUCCCAUUACGGUAGCUGAAUUCCUCUUAAAUGACAGACAGCAGCAGGAGGUGUUGUUACCUACGGCGGAGCUACUGCCAGGCGCAGAAAAGUUGGUAAAACAUCUCUAUAAACAUUGUGUCCCUAUCGCCGUGGCAACAGGGUCUAGUAAGCGAAGUAUCGAGCUGAAGACGACACGUCACAGACAACUGUUCAGUCACUUUCACCAUUUUGUCUACAGUACUGACGAUCCGGAAGUGGUGCAUAGCAAACCGGCUCCAGAUUGUUUCUUAAUUGCGGCAUCUCGAUUUCCGGAUAAUCCGGAAACGUCCAGGUGUUUGGUGUUGGAGGAUGCCAUUAACGGUGUGGUGGCGGCCCGGGCAGCAGGCAUGCAAUGUGUGUGGGUACCCGACCCGGAACAACCUCAGGACGGAUACAGCGAGAAGGCCACACUCACACUCGAGUCACUUCUACAGUUUAAACCGGAACAGUUCGGACUACCCCCGUAUGAUAUCUAAUGGUAGAAAGAGAAGAGAUAUGGAGGAAGGCCUAACUCCGUCACUUCCAUCUCGGAUAUUUCAGACUUCAUCUCCAUGAUAGAUAUUAACAAUUGUAUUUCAUUUAACUCUUUGUUUUGUUAUAAGAAACUUCACACGGAUGAACCAUCCGGCCGCUUUUGUUGACACAGCCACAGGGAAAUUUUCAACAGCUAAACCAAUAGACUGUAAUAAUCUAUCACAAAUAUAGUUUUACUCUUGAUGCGGUCUUUCCGAUGAGGGGAGUUAUAUGUCACAAUAAUUGACUGAUUUCCCGCUUAUUACAAACUCAUAUAAACGUAAUUAAAUAGAAGUGAACUAGUAAUAUGUAGUCACGUGCUUGUCCUCUAAUUGAGGCACUUCAAGAUCAAACUAUCUCGAUAAUUUCAACCAUUACUAUGCAAUAAGAGUAACGUAUAGUGGUAAUUGUGAAGAUCAGUUCCACGGUUUGUUUAUUCACAAUCGAUUGGAAAUACUAAAAACCAGACCAGGGGAGAUAGAAGGUAAUGUUCUCGUUCGCUGAAUGAAUGUUUUAAGUUUUCUACAAUACGUCAUGGUCCGUGUGCCUUUCUUUGUUCAUCCUACACGGUUGUUACAAUGAUGUAUCAUACGGGAGAGAUGGGUUACUGGACGAAUCGAUCUCCUAAUCUGCAUUAAACCAAGAAAAUCGAUAUCCACAUUUCUGUUCGAAUAUAUUUAAGAUUUUAUUUAUUUAACGUUUUGUGUUUUGUAGUUUUCUCACUAUUUUUGUCCUUAAGAACAUCCUCUAUAAUAACUGAUCAAUGACAGUGUAGUUCUUUGUUUGUACAUUGAGACGCUCUGUUGAUUGUGUGUAUCUCCUGGGCCGCUCCGAUGUGUCCUUGUUCAUUGUGAACCCCUAAAACAAGGGUAUGUUUCUGCCACUUUUCAACGAACAUUUCAAAUUGUUCUGAAAAGAUUUGUCGACACUUGCCUGUAUCGUAAUCUAUAAUAAGCCGUAAAGCAAUAAAAUGUAAAGUCAUCUCUUUCAUGAUUCCUUGCUACGAAUAAUAAUGUACUAACAAUAGAGUGCCAAACAAACCGACACACUACCUCAGGGUAAUGAUAAUGUUAUAUUUGUUGUCUGGGAAAGCUUUAGAACUUUAAUUAGGGUUUAAACUUCAAUGCACGUGUAUAUAUAAUUUAAUAUGAUACUUGAUAUUGUAAACGAAAUAGAUCACCAACUGCCCUCCAUUUUUGUCGAAAAUACCAUGAACGUUUUUAACGAAUUCGGUUGGUUUUUGAAUGAAGUGCUGAUAAAUAUAAUAAGAAAUAUGAUAACCGGUUGGUACCACUGUGUUCUCCCUUCUAUAUAGAAGAUACAACAGUUCUUCUGGCCUAGAGUAACCUCCCUUGUAAUUGUUGUCACACUUGUUAUGAUGAUAUACACUUAUAAUUUCUAUAUGACAACAUUUAUUAAGUUUGGGCUUUGUAAUGGUCCAGAGUUCAAUCUUUGCUAAAAAAAAUCAUUUCAAUAUUCUAACAACUAUGAUUCUGUAAACUGUAUCGUAGCGUAUACUUAUUAUGGAAUGCUUCUUUUCAAAAGGACCUAAACAAAUAUAUAACAAUGACGACAAUGGUCAUAUUAUAGUCUAUCUGUUGGUUCUCGUCACUUUCAGUGGAUAGACUAUGAUGUGUUUAUUGUAUUUCUAUAAAACGACGUAAUAAGACACAAGAACAUAAAUACAAUUUUAAUCGUCUUAUUUAUGAAUGAAUGAGCAGUUUUCAACCUGAAUUGCGCCAAUGUUAUAUAAAUGAAAUUUAAAGAAACCAUCAAGAUUGAACUUAAGCCCAGGUUGUCAGCCGACCUGGUAUACGUAUUAAAUCGUAGGUAUUGCACCGUCUACGAUUCUAACUCUAUCUGAAGUCCCAGGUAAUGUUUUGAGUUACCUCAAUGAACGUGGUAACACAUUACGUUAUGACGCCAUAUCUUAUAUGAAUCAAUUCAUGCAUUUUGUAAAGCUAGUAUUUAUAUAUAUAAAUUGUAUAUAUUUGUUUUGUAUAUAUUUUGAUGUUAAUAAAAGAUAAUGAAAUAGAAUGGAUAUCAAACUUUUGGGAAUUUUUAUUCUUUUAAGUUAUCUCGUAAAGUCAUUCAUAUAUGUAUAUAAGAAAACAAAGUCGUACUCGAACGUGGAAGUUAUAAUCAGCGGUCUGUCGUCUAGGCUUUUCCUCCCUGUUUUUAAGUCCGAUUACAUGAUGAAACAAGAGGUUGCGCUAUAUUUUGUAUUAUUCUCUGAUUUGCUGCUGUUAACAGGUAUAUUCCUGAAGAUGUUGGGCGGAUCAGCGGUCAACCAUUGGUAACAAUACCACAGCAACAUCUCAUUUGCGUGUGGACCAAGCGUCACUACGGCAUCGCCACUAUUUGAACACGUGAUCUCCGAUAACAACAAGGCACAUUAUAAGAUAUUAACAUAAUAUGUUUGCUGAAGACGAUUCUAAAACAUAAUCAAUUGAUACAAGGAAUACGCAAUAUCAAUUUCUAAGAAUUAAAAAAAAUAGCAUAUAAUAUACAUUGUCAUUCUCUUAUCAUUAAAAUUUUCAAGCAAAUUAA